AAGUGUAGUGUUUCUCUAAGGGAAUAGUAAUUUUGCUCCGUGCGUGUGAGGAGGAAGAAAGGAGCUCUGUGGUCGUGAAGUGCACCAGGGGGAGAAGACGGCUGCGGGCUAGUGGUUGUUUUUAUUAUUAUUGUUCCUACACGGCCCGUUUCCGCCUCCUUAUCCUGGAGAGAGGUUGAACGGUUAAAAUGGAGGCGGACAGAUCCGGCGGAGGACCAAACCCGAACUCCGGCGGCAGCAGCGGAGCGGGGCGCAACCCGAACGGGCCCAAAUCAGCACCGGGCCAGGCGACAUCAGCCGCGGGGACCGGGGCGAUGGCAGCGGCGGCGGCGGCGGCAGCAGCAGCCAUGCCCGGGUCGUCGCAGGCUCGGGAGCUGCAGGACGGGGACUCGGGUAUGACGCUUCCUGGGAUCCUGCACUUCAUCCAGUACGAGUGGGGACGCUUCCAGGCCGAGAAAUACCGCUGGGAGGCGGAGAGAGACGAACUCAGGGCUCAGGUGGCAUUCCUACAGGGUGAGAGGAAAGGGCAGGAGAACAUGAAGCAGGACCUGGUGAGGCGGAUCAAAAUGUUAGAGUACGCCCUCAAACAAGAGAGGGCAAAGCACCAGAAGCUGAAGACAGGAAAUGACCAGAGUCCAGGAGACAAGAAACCAGAGACAGAAGCAGACCAACUUCCCAAUGGGCCGGCUGAGUCAGACGCUGAGCCAGUCAAUCAGAUGUCUUGGAAGGAGGGACGUCAGCUACUACGCAAAUACCUGGAGGAGGUGGGUUAUUCAGACACUAUCCUGGACAUGCGGUCUAAGCGUGUGCGCUCCCUGCUCGGGCGAAGCAGCCCAGAGGCUAACGGACCCCCAGCCAGUGAAACCUGCCCUGAGCCUGAGCCCCGGACAAGUGGGGAGUCGUUGUUGGUCAGACAGAUCGAGGAACAAAUCAAGAGGAAUGCGGGCAAGGAAACCUCUCAGGAACGUCUGGGUGGCUCGGUGCUGGAUAAGAUCCCCUUCCUGCAUGGCUGUGAAGAUGAUGACGAAGACGACAGCGACGAGGAAGACGACUUUCAAGGCAUGGCCACUGACUGCAUCGAUGGACCGCGCAAAAACAAAAAGUCACGUGUAAAGAUGAGUACAGAGCCCAUGACCACAGACCUGGACCCAGAGGACGAGGAGGACGAAGACGACUCGGAAGACGCCCUCGAAGAGUUCGACUUCGUGGUCUCGGGGGAGGAGGGGGAGGGGGCGGGAGAGGCCCGGAUCUCGGGGGACGGACGGGAGUUAGAGAACCGCAGGAACAAGUUACAAGGCAUGAUGUCGGACUUCCCCCCUAAACCUACCCCGCCCCCUUCUGUAUCGGGACAGGCUCGCCCUGGAGAAGGUGGCGCCCUGGGUUUUUCCUCUGACGUCUUCAUCAUGGAUGCUGUUGGAGGAGGAGACAUGAACCUUGGUGAACUGGCUGAUCUCACUGUUGCCAAUGACAACGAUCUCUCCAUGGAUAUGCAGGACAACAGAGAGGAGUUCAAGAAGACAUGGAACCCUCGUUUCACACUACGCAGCCACUUUGACGCCAUCCGCGCUUUGACCUUUCACCCCAGCCAGGCGGUGCUGCUCACUGCCUCCGAGGACGGAACACUAAAACUGUGGAAUCUCAACAAGGCCAUGCACUCCAAAAAGAAUGCAGCUUUAGAUGUUGAGCCCAUCUAUACAUUCAGAGCGCACAGUGGAGCAGUUUUGGCACUGACCAUGGGUGAGGAUGGAGAAUCCUGCUACAGCGGAGGCCUAGAUGGAACCGUCAGGUGUUGGAAAAUGCCAGACCUCAAUGUGGAUCCUUAUGAUAACUAUGAUCCUGGCAUCGAGAGCAGUGUACUAGCAGGUCAUGAAGACAGCGUAUGGGGUCUGACUUACUCAGCGGUUCACCAUCGUCUUGCCACGUGCUCGGCCGAUGGCACCAUUCGCAUCUGGGACCCUCAGAACUCAGCUCCCUGCCUGUCUGUCUUCAAUAAGGAAAGAGAGCACGGAACACCCACCUCAGUGGCCUUCGUGGUUACUGACCCCAACCAGGUAGUGGCGUCAUUCGACGGUGGUGAGACGUUGCUCUACGACCUCAACACGGAGCAGAGCAUCUCCACGCUAGAGACACAGACCAAGGAUGGCAGUGAACUGAUCAACCGAGUGGUCAGUCACCCAUCUGAGCCCGUCUCUAUCACCGCGCACGAGAACCGAACCAUCCGCUUCCUAGACAAUAAGUCAGGUAAAGUUGUCCACUCAAUGGUGGCUCACCUGGAUGCGGUCACCUGUCUCACUACAGACCCUAAAGGCACUUACCUCAUCUCUGGCAGCCACGACUGCUCGGUGCGCCUGUGGAUGCUGGACAACAGGACGUGCGUGCAGGAGAUCACAGCCCACAGGAAGAAGCACGACGAGGCCAUUCACGACGUGGCCUUCCACUCUUCCCAGCCGUUCAUCGCCAGCGCCGGCGCGGAUGCACUUGCCAAGAUCUUUGUCUGACAGUAUUGCCGUCAUUGGCAGAGGUAUUUUUAAAAAAAAGAGUCCUACAACUACAACGGGGCCAAAACAGACUGAAGACUACAGUGGACAAAAUUCACCUGCUUACACACGCACGCACGCACACACACUUGUCCUGCACCCCACCGGCUGGGUCACUGACACAGGACGCCACCUCCCCUCGAUUCCUCACUGUCCUCUGAUGCCUCAGUGACUUCUUGUAAUACUAAUCACACUUCUUUUUUAUAACUUUAACUGCUCCGUAAUCACAUCUGGAGUGACACUUUUCUACACUACAGUAUUAAGCUCUGCUUUCUUUUGUUUUUGCAGUUUGCCAGUGGUUAUUGCAAAGCACUGUGCGUUUGUGUGUGUGUGUGUGCGUGUGAGCGUGUGUCUGUGUGCUUGAACUGCUGAUACAUUUCAUAGAGAAUCACAGAGGAACACACCUGCACUGCACAACACAACGCAACGCACAAAUGCAAUGUUGCAUUUCAUUUUUUUUUUUUGCUGAAAUAUUGGUUUAGUUUAACACACAUACUGUUCGCAGGCUUGGUUUAAAAACAGUGACUGUUCCCAAUGUCGGCAGAAAACAUCCAACUAACCUCUGCACUGGGAAUCCAAUGUAUUACAUUCCAAAGACUCCAGGAGAAGUGUGUGUGUGUGUGUGUGUGUUUGUGUGUGUUGUGUGUUUGUGUGUGUGGUGUCGUAUUUGGGGUUGGAGAAUGUUUAACUUAGUGGUGUGUGUGUGUGUGAUCCGAGGAGGCACUAGACAGUCACUAACCAGUGUUGAACAGAUAGCUUUAAUUUAAACCUUAUCGCCAAGACACCAAGUCACAUUGUGUAUCUGAGUAUAAAUGUGUCCCCAUGAUUCUGCCUCUAUAUUGUGUGUGUGUGUGUGUGUGUGUGUGUGUGUGUGUGUGUGUGUGUGUGUGUGUGUGUGUGUGUGUGUGUGUGUGUGUGUGUGUGUGUGUGUGUGUGUGUGUGUGUGUGUGUGUGUGUGUGUGGGAGAGACACACAGAGAGUGAGGGACAGAAUGUAACUCUAAUGUACAAACUAAAUGUACAUAUUUACACAAUCAUGGCCCAAUUCUACAGCUUCAACAUCAUAAGGGCAAAGUUCAAGUCUGUAAUCUGCAGGGGUGUGAGAGCGGUUUGUAUGCUCGCGACAAAAGACGCAGAUUGUGUCGUUCGGAGCUUUUUACUGUACAGAAGAGUGUGUGUGUGUGUGUGUGCUUGUGUGUGCUCGUGCGUGCACUAGUUAAAUCACGGUGCUACGAAAGACCUCGUCAGUCUCGAGUCAGAAUCAGGGACCUGUUUUUGUGCGUGUGUGAAAAAGAGAGACAGUGUUUCUCACUCAUCGGGCUAUAGACGUACAUCGUUUUUCUCCUUCAUCACUUCACUAACUGCCGUCACAUUUCAGAACUAACGGUCACUGUAAAGGUUAGAGGGGCGGGAAUAAUGUCGACGUUGAUGGGUUCAGGCCUGAGGAGUGUACAGAGCUGCUGAUUCUUAUAUCACAGCGAGGACCAUGUGAACUGAAACGGUUUCCUCAGGUGAGAGCUGUUCAUUUCGUCUUAUUUUUUAUUUCAUCGUGACGUUCUGUGCCAGUUUGUCGGCAUGUAGACGUGUAUUUAUUCAGGCUUUUUCAGAAGGAAAAAAAGCUUCACCACUGGUCCGGUGUUGUGGUUCCCUCCUCUAGCUUGACGUGCAUCAGUUGCACAGUAGCACGUUGCCCAGAGAGCCGACGGCGUAAAGUAGGUCUCUUUCUAAUGAGGCACGCUGGGAGAAGUGGCUCCAAAAAAAAGAAAGACGGGAGGGAAAAGAAAAGAUGAAAGUCCUCUUUCAAUUCAACCACUCAAAGACAGAAAAAAAAAAGUAUUUAAGAUGUGUGGAGACGUUUGGCUUAAGUGGAGAAACUUCACAUCUAUCUGUCUCUUUGUCCUGCAUUUAUUCUGACAACUGCAGGACACACGUUUGUUUGACUUGUGUAAAAGUUUCCCCUUUAAGGCCUGAACUGACUUCACAUUACUUUGACUGGCCGUGUUAAUCUGUUACCUCAAGAGGACCGAUAAAAUCUGGUGUUAAAGCGGUCGUCAAAGCGGAAACCUCCUCCUCCUCCUCCUCCUCCUCCUCCUCCUCAAGAUUACAGGGUCACACUGGGGUUCUGACGUCAGAUCCUAAGCGUUCAAUUCAAUGUAGCCUAGAGGGGAAACACUUGGAAUCACUGGGGACACUAGCAUGUAGAGUUGAGGUUGUUUAGUCUCAGAACAGGGUGGUUGAUGUUUAUUUCCACUUUCUGUCAAAGAGAACACGCAGGUGCAGCUACGUUAUUGUUCAGCUGCUGUGCAUCGUAACGUCCUCUCAUCACGUUCAUUUCCUGCUUGGCUCCAUGUUGCACUACAUCUAAUGGUGGAUGCUAUAGACACAGACAGGGUGCGGAGAUAAUGUUGUGGAGGGAUCUCAAAUACAAUCUGGAGAUUUGACAACAAGUGUGGAAGCUGCUGUGACUCAGUGUUUUGAUACUGAGAGUUGCUGAUGAGCUACUGUGUCCCCUCUCGUAGAAUCAAGACAAAUCAGUUUGACACAUCAGAAGAAAAAAAAGGAAAAAGAAAUCAAAGCAGAGGUGGAGAAUGAUGACUAAAGAUGCCAUCAUGUGCUGUAAAUGUCCAUCAUUUCCUUGUUUUCUUUCUUGCAUUUCUUUUCUUUGGUUAUGAAUAUGAUUAUUAAGAUGUAAGAAUACUGUAGUAUCAUAAGUGAACCAUUCUUCCUGGCUAGGCAUAGAACUUGCUUGUGAUUGAUAAUGGCAAUGUAUAACUUGUAAAAAAGCAAAACAAUUAAAAACUCGAAAAAAAACCAAGAAAAUAAGUUUAAAAAAAAAAAUCUGUUACCAGUCAGAGGCCAAGGUAAAGGACUCUCAUUUCUUUGUGUUUUUAUUUUUUUAAUAGCAAUUUAUCACUGUGUGAUAUUUUGUACAUCAUAUUAAGCUGUAUUCAAACUAUUUCCUCUAACUACAAGGGAUAAGAGACCUGCUUUUUAUUAAUUUUGUUUUACUAUAUAUUUUUGAACUGCAUUCUAGCUUGUAUCAAAUGAAUUUUCUCUUUUUGUUUACGGGUCCCUUGUUGUAUGUCAUUAAGGAAGAAAAACAAAACAAAAAAAAUGAAGAUUUUUGUACAGUGA